AUGAUGUCUGACGCCUUGGAUUUUCUCCAGCUCAAAGGCGCUACAUACGGACUACGACCCCUCUGGGACUGCCCGAAGAUUGUUGGACGUGCCAGCACAGUGGAAGUGGGCAUCAAGAAACAAACCGCACCCACGAAGCAUCUUCUCACGCCAGUUAUAGAUGCGGUUACAACGGAUGACCGGAUCCUCGUUGUCUCCGGUGGUACAGAAGGGGUAUCCUGCUGGGGAGACAUAGUCGCAAAUGCCUCACAAAUGAGAAAAAUCCGUGGAACAAUCAUCGAUGGCAUGAGUCGUGAUAUUGACGGUAGUCGAGACAUCGGAUAUCCCGUUUAUGGUCGAGGCGUGACCAUGAUUAGCGCACGUAAUCGGAUUGUGCAACUGAACUCCGGUUCGUCUCUGCAGGUCCGGGGUGUCACGGUCAGCGAAGGAGACUAUGUGAUUGCCGAUAGAUGUGGAACAGUGUUCGUCCCAGCCGAGCGCAUCGAAGAAGUUUUGGACUUGGGAGAGCGAAUCGACCAUCGUCAGGCCCUUAUGGUCAAGGAAGUUCUGGCCGGCAAACCCGUGUCUGAGGUCAUGCAUGACACGAAAUUCGAGGCCAUUCAACAGAAUAAAAAGACAGCAUCCGCCAUACCCGUCGCGAAAGCGCCCAAUCGCAACCCCAAGGAUGCUAGUCUCGAAGAUCAAGAGUUGUCAGCUCUUUUCGCCAAGUCAGAUACCCCCGGAGUCUCAGAUGCGCUUGAUAAACUCGGAAUCCCCGGCCAGGCAUACAACAUCAUGCCUCUGGCUAAUUACGAAGGAGUUACGGUCGGACCGGCCUUCACAGUUCGCUACGUUCCCGCCAGCAACCCACCAGGAAGUGUUGGUGACUUCAUCGACGACGUCGCUAUUGGUGACGUAGUGGUUAUUGACAACGGUGGUCGCACUGAUUGCACUGUCUGGGGCGAUAUAAUGACCCAGUAUGCUGGUCUACGUGGAAUUGCUGGAACAGUUAUUGACGGAGUAUGUCGGGAUGUGAACCGCGCGAUAGACGAGAACUACCCGGUCUUUACGGCUGGACGUUGGAUGCGAACCGGUAAAGAUCGUGUUCAAGUUGGGGGAGUCAAUGAGUCAAUUGGCAUCGGAAAGGUGCGUGUACAGCCUCGCGAUAUUGUCGUUGCCGAUGCAAAUGGCGUUGUUAUUGUUCCGCGAGAUCGAGCUCGUGAGGUUGCUGAGAUCGCACGAAAGAUCGAAAUGAGUGAAGAUGAGAUUCGAGAAUUGAUCGCUGGGGGUGCUUCAAUUGCGGAGGCGAGGGAAAAGCUCGGUUAUCACACGUUGCAGCGCAAGGGAUAG